UGUGAGUGGGUGGGCCACAGGGGGCCCCCGAGGUGGCACCGGCAGCCAUGGUGCGGAAUGUGGACGACCUGGACUUCCACCUGCCCUCGCACGCCCAGGACAUGCUGGACGGCCUGCAGCGGCUGCGCUCUCAGCCCAAGCUGGCUGACGUCACACUGCUGGUGGGUGACCAGGAGCUGCCCUGCCACCGCGGACUCCUGGCGCUGAGCAGCCCCUACUUCCAUGCCAUGUUUGCAGGCGACUUUGCUGAGAGCUUCUCCGCGCGCGUGGAGCUGCGGGACGUGGAGCCCGCCAUGGUGGGGCAGCUGGUGGACUUCGUGUACACGGGCCGGCUGACCGUCACCCAGGGCAACGUGGAGGCCCUGACCCGCGCGGCCGCACGCCUCCACUUCCCGGCCGUGCAGAAGGUCUGCGGCCGCUACCUGCAGCAGCAGCUGGACGCCACCAACUGCCUUGGCAUCUGUGAGUUUGGGGAGCAGCAGGGACUGCUCGGCGUGGCUGCCAAGGCCUGGGCCUUCCUGCGAGAGAACUUUGAGGCCGUGGCACGUGAGGACGAGUUCCUGCAGCUGUCCCAAGACCGGCUGGCCACCUGUCUGGCAAGCGACCUGCUGCAGGUGCAGCCAGAGCAAAGCCGGCUGGAAGCCCUGCUGCGCUGGGUGCGCCAUGACCCACAGGCCCGGGCUGCCCACCUGCCGGAGCUGCUCAGCCUGGUGCACCUGGAUGCCGUGCCCAGGCCCUGCGUGCAGCAGCUGCUGGCCACAGAGCCGCUGAUCCGGGAGUCGGAGGCGUGUCAGGCAGCCUUGUCCCGGGGCCAUGAGGGGGCGCUGCUGGCCCUCCCGCAGACGCUGGAGGAGGUUCUGGUGGUGGUGGGUGGGCGGGCGCUGGAGGAGGACGAGGAGGGCGCCGAGGAGCCCGCCCCACACCCCGGGAACUUCGCCUUCUACGACACCAAGGCCAAGAGGUGGAUGGCACUCCCGGACUUCCCUGACUACCACAAGUGGGGCUUCUCCCUGGCAGCGCUGAACAAUGCCGUCUACGUCACAGGUGGCUCUCGGGGCACCAAGACGGACACCUGGUCAACCACCCAGGCCUGGUGCUUCCCUCUGAGGGAGGCAGCCUGGAAGCCCGUGGCGCCCAUGCGGAAGGCCCGCACCAACCAUGCCAGUGCGGCGCUCAACGGCGAGAUCUACGCCAUUGGCGGCACCACUCUGGACGUGGUGGAGGUGGAGAGCUACGACCCCUACACAGACACCUGGACGCCCGUCAGCCCGGCCCUCAAGUACGUCAGCAACUUCUCCGCAGCCGGCUGCCAGGGCCGGCUCUACCUGGUGGGCUCCAGCGCCUGCAAGUACAACGCGCUGGCCCUGCAGUGCUACAGCCCCGUCACAGACACAUGGAGCGUCAUCGCCUCCCCCUUCCUCCCCAAGUACCUGUCAUCGCCGCGCUGUGCCGCCCUGCAGGGGGCGCUCUACCUGGUCGGCGACAACACCAAGAAGGUCUACGUGUAUGACCCAGGGGCCAACCUGUGGCAGAAGGUACAGUCCCUGCACAGCCUGCAUGAGAACGGCGCCCUGGUGCCGCUGGGCGACGCGCUCUACGUGACGGGCGGCCGCUGGCAGGGCAUGGACGGCGACUACCACGUGGAGAUGGAGGCCUAUGACCGCGGGCACGACGCCUGGGUCCGCCACGGCGCCCUGCCCCGCCUCUGGCUCUACCACGGGGCCUCUACCAUCUUCCUGGACGUCUCCAAGUGGACGCAGCCCUUCAGCCCCGCCCAGGAGCACUGAGCCGCUCCUCGUCACACCUGGGGGGCCCAGCGGCGCCCCCACCUCUGUGGGAUGGCCCCCCUCUUAUUUUUACUCGUUUGUUCACUAAGAGCCACUGUCCCCUCCAGGGCUCGGGCUGGGCUCGGGCCACCAGGGAUGUCAGAGGACACAGCCUUGGUCUCCGCAGCCAGCACUAACCAAACUCUCUAGAGUCUAAGAUGACUAGCGGCAAGGGCUGGGCCUCUGGAUGCCUGUAUAGAG